AUGGACGGGGAAGACACGGCUCGUUCGGUGGCACUGCAGGAGAUGAAGGAGGUCUGGGGCGGCCUGGGCACGGCGAUGCAGGCCGAGCCGGAUGCUCAGAAGCGGCCCUCGGAACCGGAGAAGGAGGAGGAGAGGCCCGACAAGUGGCGGAAGGCGGCCAACAAGGGGCAACAGGGAAAGGGCAAUCCCUGGGGAUCCUGGCGAAGCUGGGAGCGGUCCGGCGACCAAGAUCCGUGGAAGUUGGACCCAGCUACUCUCCACCUGCUGAGGACCCUGGUGAAAACCACUCUUCGCUUGGACGAGGACGUGAGCCGCUACCGCGCCGACUGCAACUUCAUGCUCUUCGUGGACAGUGUGAGCGAGGCCCAGACACUACAGGUCUUGAGGGCGGCUGCGGAGAAGUGGCAGGAGGCUUACACCAACGGCCGCGUGACCACGUCAUUGAGGGUGGUGCUCUUUUGCGGGCUGCUCCAGAAGCUGAAGGAAGCUGUGGGCACAGUCCAGACGGACGACGGGGUUCGGGAUCGCCUCCUGCGAGUCGGGUGGCUCGAAGACGGAGUCAACGCACUCCUUCCCUCGUGGCACUAUUUUCGUUGGGAUCCCAAGACGCAACGACAGGUCGUCUCGGAGCGCGAGCCCCUCCCGCAGGACAAGCUGCUGAGGUGCCUGGAUGUGCUGGAGAAAGGCUGCUGCAACCCCGCGACCCUGUUGCGCUUCCGGUCGACACACAAGCUCGGUCAGGAGACGCAAGCAGAAGUGGUGCCGUUCAUGCUGUCCCUCAGCCUUCGUGGGGCCAUGGCCACGGAAUGCCACGAGGCCCUGUCUCUGCUGGCAUACAGCGGCGCCUUGAAGAUGCUUGGGCUUCGGCUACGCCCCGAACGAGUGCAACAAUCCACGGCGGCACGGGAGCUGACCGAGGCCUACCUGAACGCUCCCUUCACCGACUGGACACGGAGGCAGCAGCAGAACUUGAUGAAGCCGGCGGCCUCGGGCGCGAACCAGAACCAGAGCUGA